GGAAUGUAACAAUGAUUACGACCAAUGGAUUGAGAAUGGCUACGACUUUUAUAUUGACAGUAUUCAUCAUAUUAGAAGUUGGAUGCAACAAUGUGCUAGGAUACGUCCAAACUAAUUGUCAUGGAAAGAAUGUGAGCUACCAUAGGACCAGGGGCCUCUACACUCAACCACACUUAAAAUAUGGUUAUAACUAUAUUGCUACUAUACCAAGAUCUGCCCGUAACAUAACAAUUAGUCAACAUAGAUUAUCAUCAAAUCAUAUAGCACUUAUGAAAAAUGAUGGUUCUUAUGUCAUCAAUGGAAACUGGGUUGUGGAUCAGCCAGGAAAUAUCUUAGAUUGUGGAACUUUCUUCACUUACCGCCAAAACCAAGAUGAUGCUGGUUCAAUGAAGGAAUAUGUUCACUCACCAGGCCCUAUUAAUCAACCAAUUCAAUUGCUGCUCCUGGCAUAUGAAGUGAAUGGUGGUAUCACAUAUGAGUAUGAUACUUCUAUAGCAAAUAUUUCAUCUCCUCACAGUGAUGAUCCAAAUAAUGAUGCUGCUUUAAUGUCUAAAAAUUCUUUUAUACAACACAGAGUUAACCAUGAUUGGAAUAAUACGAUUGUGAAUGAAGAUGUUAGCACUAAUAGGAGGCGUCAUUGGCAGAAGCAUUAUAUCUGGAAAAGAUGCUACAAAUCUUGUGGAGAGACCACUUAUGAAACAGCAGUUUGUGUCCAUCACUCCACUGAAAUGAUUGUCCCUGAUAAACAAUGUUCUACUCCGAAAAAGCCUGUGGAAGAAGACCAUAGAUGUAAUUUUACUAAUAACCAAUGUCUUCCAGAAUGGGUACCUUCAGAAUGGAGUCCAUGCUCAGCGACCUGUGGAGAAGGAGUACAUAUAAGAGAAGUGGCAUGUAAACAAUUAACUUCUUCUGGAUACCCAUUGAUUUUACAUGCUAAAUCUUGCUCAACAUCACCUCCUCCAACAGUUAAGAAAUGUCAUUUGAAAGCUUGUGAUGCAGUUGCUCCUUCUACACCAUGGGAUGUUGGACAGUGGUCAAAGUGUUCUUCAUCAUGUGGAGAAGGAUUCAAAACUAGAACAGUAACAUGCAGAUCAACUUUGUGCCAUUCAGAUGACGUACCCCCUACUAAAGAAUCUUGUUAUUCAGUUUGCCCAACCCAAGGAAUGUGGUUAACUUCACAGUGGAGCACAAAAGCAAGCAAAGUAGAGAUGCAACCAUCAAUUAAGAAAUAUUGUAAUGAAAAAUGUGGAAAUGGGUGGCAAAUGCGAAAUGUUAUUUGUUUUGGAGACAAGGAAUGUAGUAGUGUUGAACAACCAAAAAUAUUCCAAAUGUGCAGAAGCGAUGAAAGUUGCUCAGGACAAUGGUUCACAGGACCAUGGCAAACGUGCAGUGGUGUUUGUGAUGAGGGAAAUCAAAAGCGGGAUGUAGUGUGUUUAGGAAAAAUCAAAAAUGAAUUUGUGAGUGUUCCUGAACAUAACUGUAAAACUGAUGAAAAACCAGUUCCAAUUCAAAAGUGCAAGCUUCUUGAAUGUUCUGCAACAUGGUAUACAACAGAAUGGAGCACAUGUUCAAAAAGUUGUGGAGGUGGUAUGCAGUAUAGGAAAGUGUAUUGUGUGAAGAAAAAUUUAGAAAGUACUUUGUGCACUGAAAAUGAAAAGCCUCCAAAAUCACAGGGCUGUAACACACAUUUGUGUACAGCUUUUAUAAAAGACACUGACUGCAUAGAUAGACAUAAAUAUUGUCAAAAAGCAGUCGUGCAAGCUAGACUGUGUAAUUACUCUUAUUAUAAAAACCUUUGUUGUCAGUCUUGCUCUGAUAAAAACUAAGGCAUUUUUUUUCACAUUGAGAGAUGAUACAAAGAUUUGAUGAUAUUAAAGGGUGUUACUCAUUAAGCUAUAUGUUUACUUUAUUUACCAAAAUAAUAUUUAUAUAAAGUGUGGCAUUUUAUUUAUGUUAUUAUUUUUUUUUUAAAUUUAGAUAAACACCUCUUUAAAGAGAGUUUUAAACAUAUUUUACUGUUUAUUUAAAAAAAGAGGGCUUAAUGUUAACAAUUUUAAAGUUAAAAUUACAGUAGACUCUCUCUUAUCCUUUGUUAUCAGGAACAAUUAGAUGUUUGACUAGUUAAAACAUACAAUAAAUCAGAUAUAUCUAAACACUUAAAUACGAUUACAAAUAUACCAAUCUAUCAAAAGAUUUAAAAAAU